UGUGUUCUUUUUCACAGUCAAAGUCAAAAAAAUUGGAGAAAAAACUGAGGUUAACAUUGUCAUGGCAACCAGCACUGAUAUUGAUGACAGCCUGUACAGUCGCCAGCGCUAUGUGUUGGGAGACAGUGCCAUGCAGAAGCUGGGGAAAUCCUCAGUCUUGGUGUAUGGCAUGGGAGGACUGGGAGUGGAAAUAGCAAAGAACAUAGCUCUAGCUGGUGUGGAGCUCCUAGCCAUACAAGAUGGACAGACUGCUACUAUCACAGAUUUGGGGACACAGUUCUUUCUUAGUGAAACAGAUGUGAAGAAUUGUAGAAACAGGGCAGAAGCGUGUGCUGAGAGAUUGUCAGAGCUGAACCCUUAUGUCAGACUCAAGACGCUGCCCACAGUACUGGAGGAAACCUCUGACCUCUCUUACCUUAGGAAUUUUCAGUGUGUGAUAUUAACAGAAACACCUUUGAAAGUGCUGAUAAAAGUCAACCAGUUUUGUAGGUCACAAAAUCCACCAAUAAAAUUUGUUUGUGGAGAUGUCUAUGGGGUGUUUUGCUCUGCCUUCUGUGACUUCGGGGAUACGUUUGAAAUCUUGGAUACCGAUGGGGAAGAGCCUAAGGAAGCCUUCAUAGCAGAUAUAUCAAAGGACAAUCCAGGCAUUGUGACUUGUCUUGAGAACACACGGCAUUCUUUUGAAGAUGGUAACAUUGUCAGCUUCAGGGAAGUUGUGGGCAUGGAAGCAUUGAAUGGGAAACAAUGCAGGAUUAAAGUGAUCUCAGUGUCAAAGUUUAGUAUCUGUGAUACAACUGUGCCAGAGUUUGGUACUUACCUUCAUGGAGGAAUAGCUUCACAAGUCAAGGUGCCGGCCAGUGUCUCAUUUAAGUCACUUGAAGAACAAAUUUGGGCUCCUAAGUUCAGUUUGGCUGAAGACACUUGGAAAAUUGAUGCACCAAAAAGUAUACACCUUGGUUACCUAGCGCUGAAACAUUUCCAGGAGAGGUUUGGCAGAUUUCCCCACAGCCGGUGUCCCAAAGAUGCAGAUGAGUUGCUGGCUAUUGCUGCAGAAGUGAACAAAUCCAUGAAAGAUCCUAUGGUGAAUGUGAAGACACAGGCAGGGUCCUUAUUAGAACAGCUGUCCUUCUCCAGCCAGGGGUGUCUGGCUCCUCUUUGUGCCUCACUGGGAGGAAUACUUGCCCAGGAGGGACUCAAGGCCCUGACUGGCAAGUUCACACCCAUACAGCAGUGGGUACAUCUUGAUGCGGUAGAAGUGGCGGAGAAGGGGGACAGGGGUGACUUCCAGCCAAGAGGGGAUCGUUACGAUCACCUGAGGGUGUGUAUAGGAGACGAACUCUGUAGGAAGUUGAUGAGCCUCAAGCUGUUUAUGGUUGGAUGUGGUGCUAUAGGAUGUGAGAUGUUAAAGAACUAUGCCUUGUUAGGAGUGUCGACCAAUUCGGAUGGACUGGUAACAAUUACAGAUAACGAUUUGAUUGAGAAGUCCAACCUGAAUCGUCAGUUCUUAUUCCGACAGCAUCAUAUACAGAAUCCAAAAAGUACAACUGCCAAGAAAUCCAUAUUAGAAAUUAACCCUAGUAUUCAUAUAGAAGCACAACAAUACAAAGUAUGUCCACAGACAGAAAGCACGGUGUACACAGAUGGAUUUUUUGAGAGACAGGACAUUUGUGUGAAUGCUCUGGAUAAUUUGGAGGCUAGACGUUAUAUGGACAGUCGUUGUGUGACAAACCAGAGACCGCUGCUGGAGUCUGGCACCAUGGGACCAAAGGGUCAUGUUCAGGUGAUUGUACCACACAUCACAGAAAGCUUCAAUGACCAGAGUGACCCUGUUGAUCAUGAUGUCCCUUACUGUACACUCAAGUCUUUCCCAGCAACAUUAGAACACUGUAUCCAGUGGGCCAGAGACAAGUUUGAAAGUUCCUUCAGCCUGAAACCUAAUCUUGUCAACCAGUUUUGGGCACAGCAUCAAAAUCCAGGUGAAGUAGUACAGAAACUUCAGCAGGGGAUGUCCGUGGAUGGAGCAAUACAGGUGAGCAAGGUGACAUACCACCGACCUACAACCUGGGAGCACUGUGUCCAGUUGGCACGGCUCAAGUUUGAGAAAUACUUCAAUCACAAGGCAAGACAGCUUUUGUAUUCGUUUCCCUUGGAUACCAAACUUAAUGAUGGCUCUUUGUUCUGGCAAUCUCCCAAGCGACCUCCAACACCUGUAGUUUAUGAUCUGUCCAAUGAAAUGCAUGUGGCAUUUAUCACAAGCACUGCGCGUUUGUAUGCUGAUAUAGGAGGUGUGUCAUACACGCCACAGGAUACCUCAGCAGAUGUUGUCAAUGCCAUUGUGUCAGUCAUGACCAUACCAGAGUUUAGACCUGCAAAUAAGAAUAUUAUAACAGAUGAAUCCGUAAAAAAGCCGGAGGAGACUGCCGUUGAAGGAGGCAAAGAUGAGCUGAUGGAUUCAGCCAAUAGACUUACAGCUCUGAUGAGUGGCAAACUGGAACAACUCAAGCAGAUGAAAAUGAAGCCAGCAGUGUUUGAAAAGGAUGAUGACUCCAAUGGACACAUAGAUUUUAUUACAGCUGCUUCAAAUCUCAGAGCCAAGAUGUACAGUAUAGACCAAGGAGAAAGACUCAAGGUUAAAAAGAUAGCUGGAAGAAUCAUACCUGCCAUUGCAACAACAACAGCUACUGUCGCUGGCUUGGUAACAAUAGAGCUAAUAAAAGUCAUUAAGCAGUGCCCCUUGGAGGAGUUCAAGAGUACCUUUUUCAAUCUUGCCCUCCCCAUUAUGGUGUUGUCAGAACCAGCCCCUGCCAAGGUCCUCGAGCCCAGAAAAGGUUUGAAGUACACUUUGUGGGAUAAAUGGGUUGUGAAGGGAAACCCAGAGUUCACGCUCAAACAGUUUCUCUCAUACUUCAAGGAGCACCAUGGGUUUCCAGCCAAAUCGGUCGUGAUGGGAGUCAAAAUGAUCUACAUUCCACAGAUGCCCAGUCACAGUAAGCGCCUCGGACAAACGAUGGUGAAGCUGCUGAAGCCGUCUCCUGACCAGAAGUAUGCAGACCUUGUUGUGUUGUUUGAAAGUGACAAGCAGGAAGAUGAAGAAGACGAUGUGUCUGGACCAAUAGUGCGUUACUACUUCAACAGCUGAAGACUGGUUGUGCUCAGGCGUUGUUUCAUGCAUGACAGGCUUAGAUAGGUUAGGUUUCUUCAGGAGAGUGCACAUGCUCUAGGACUACUCCUGUUGUUAGUAUGGUGAACAUGAACGUGUUGACAAGGAUGGAUAGGUGGGGAUAGCAGCCUUUAGUGCCUGGUGAACUUUUUUUGACAAACCUGGUGACUACUAAAUGUGCUUGUGGAAGUACAGGCACAGUGUAAUGCUGGGAAGAAGUUAUUUUCUUUCCAAUAAAUUUAUCUUAAAUUGAAGUUUAAUCUGUUUGGAAAUAUGUUCUGGAGAUUGAUGAGUAAGGAUGAAUUGCCAAAUUAACAUGACUUUCAUAUCAGGAAUUAUUUAUGAAAUUCUGUAAAAUGAAUGAAAAAAGAAAGAAUAGUCUCCCCACUGUUAUCAUUUCUGUGAUAUUCAAUGAAAAAUCAUUUAGUUUAGGUAAUCUUUUAUUAGUUUGAUGUCAUCUGUAUAACUGAGUUAUACAUUUAUGCACAUAUAUGAGGUGGUUUAGGUGUUAGAAAGCCCAGGCAGUACACCGGCAAGUAAUGAAACUGAUAUACAGAACUUCUGAGAAUAUAAUUAAAUUAAUGUGUAUGUUGUUUUAUGACCAAAAUAAUGUCUAACCCAAAGCCGACCUUAAUCAUUUGACCUAAUUUGCUGCCAUCGGCUCCUUUUCUGUAAGCAUAAUUAACCUAGACCUGUCGUUACAGGUUCCUGGUAGAUUUUUGAUAUUAAAAUGAGAUGGUUAAUAAGCUCUGAUUACAUGUAUGUGUGUCUUGAUAAGGCUUUUGAGGGAUAUAAUAGUCAGUGUUCUGUUGAUAAGGCUAUUGAUGGAUGUGAUGAAAUGAGUGUUCUGUUGAUAAGGCCAUUGAUGGAUAUGAUGAAGUCAGUGUUCUGUUGAUAAGGCUAUUGAGGGAUAUAAUAGUCAGUGUUCUGUUGAUAAGGCUAUUGAUUGAUAUGAUGAAGUCAGUGUUCUGUUGGUAAGGCCUUUUUUGGUGGAUAUGAUGAAGUCAGUGAUCUGUUGAUAAGGCUAUUGAUGGAUAUGAUUAAGUCAGUAUUCUGUUCAUAGGCUUUUGAUGGAUAUGAUGAAGUCAGUGUUCUGUUAAUAAGGCUAUUGAUGGAUAUGAUGAAGUCAGUGUUCUGUUAAUAAGGCUAUUGAUGGAUAUGAUGAAGUCAGUGAUCUGUUGAUAAGGCUAUUGAUGGAUAUGAUGAAGUCAGUUUUCUGUUGAUAAGGCUUAUCGAAUCUGAUGAUAUGUUUUGCUUAGUGUCAUUUCUAGAUAUUGAUAUUGGUGUUCAUGUAUGUGUUCAUAGUGACUGUAAGAUUUCACUGUGAUAUUAUAAUAUGUACUCCUAAAAUUGUGCUGUGCACCAAAAUUCCUGGUUAUGCUUAAUAUUCCGUUACAGAUAAAUGCAAAUUUGGAGUGCAUUUGUAAAAAAAAUAAGGUAUACAGAUCCUUGGAAUCGAAAUCAAAUUGCCAUCACUAGCUGACUGUUUAGACAAGAGAUGUUACCAGAAUUUAUGCCAGUUGUGUUGCUCAUUUAAUGGAAAGUGAAAGUAUGUCAGUUGAUGACAUUAACAGCUAUUGGCAAGCAACAAU